AUGCUUCUAGACAAGCAAGGGUGCCUCUAUCUUGCGUGUAUCAACGAAAGUGGAAUGGAAAGCUGUACAAUGAGCAACAACGAGAAGUGCAAGGAGGUCUUACUGGAAAAGGAGAAGACCCGACAAGCCGAGAUCAAUGCCAAGGUGCGCUUGGCUGAGUUGGAUUACGCUCUGAGGAUGGAAGAGCUCAAGCUUUCAGCUCGAACGCAAGCAGGGCACGCAGCACCAGAGCCUCAUGCAAGUCGUCCAGCAGCUCCCCUGCUGGACGGGUGGGAUCAUGAGGAAACGGGAACGGUCUCGGAUGCCUGCAGCACUGCGAUGGUUCUGUCCAACUGCCAUGUGUCCACCACUGCGGAAUGUACAGAGGAGAUGCCAAGAGAGGGCUCUGUGACGCUGGGAGACACCACUGAAGGAAGGGAGGAGCAGGCGGAUGCCGGUGAAGGUAUUGAAGUAGCCCUCGAGCAGCAAGUCCAAGAUGCUGCCCAAUCGGGCGACAGCCAGGCAGCGGAGCUGGUCAAGCGGUUCGUCGAAGAGCAUUGUGUAGUGGGGGCGUCGGAGAAGGUGACAUCCAAGGAGUUCCGUGCACGCCUUCUGGCUACUUAUGGUGAAAGCUACGGGCGUCUUCUCGGCCCAAGGCGUGUCGGUAUGCUUAUGCACGCAAAUGGUUUCGAGGCUAGAGAGGUGCAGUGCGAGCUGAAGCGCUGUAGGGGCUUUGCGAGCAUCUCCCUGAAGUCGUGCUAA